UCAAUCAAAAUAGAAAAAAAUCGACCCGAAUUCACCGAUCAACACAAGCCCGCCUUUGAUAAAAGAUAAUCAUGUUCGGAGUUUAGUUGAUCAGAUAAUCUUUCGAUUAUUACCAUUCACGAUAUGACUGGUACAUAACAUUUAACCCAUCAACCAACCGCGCCAGAGCAACAUUUGAAACAAGAGGAAAUGGCUACCGCGGACGUGGAAGGCAGUCAAAGCGAAUUCCUACAGCACGGCGGAGCCUCGGAAAACCAGACCACAGACAUGACCGCCAUCCAGCUAACGGGUUCAGACCGUUGGGAGUUGUUAACCCCGGUCUCUACAGGGAAGGAUGCGCAGCAGGGAGUCGUCCACAUUCCUAACUCUGGCAUGAUGACCUCUAACGGCCAGUAUGUUCUCCCUAUCGGGAACAUGGACAGUCAGCCCAUCUACGUCACAGCGUCUGGCAACGACGGCUCAGCCAACGGAGUGUCCAGCAUACAAUACCAGAUCCACAACUCAGAUGGAACUCUGGCAGGCUUCUCUGCGCAGGGAUUGGACGAUGGCUCGGGCCAAAUCCAGCUCAUCCAGGACGGUAGCCACGGCAAUAUCGGAAUCAGCGUCGCCACAACGACAACCUCUGACCUCCUAACGCAGGCUGGGCAUAUGCAGCAGAUUCAGGGCGUGUCAUUGGCCGGGGGCACGACCUAUAGCGGCGCGGUUCCCAUGGGGCUGUCGGGGGGUAACAUAACUUUCCUCCCUAUCAACAGCAUAGACCUCGAAUCACUAGGGCUUGCCGGUGCUCAGACGGUUCCCAUAGCAACGACGACCGACGGUCAGUUGAUCAUGGGCAGCCAGGCGCUGGAGGGGCAGGAAGGUGGAGCCAAACAGCUAGCGACCCUAGUUAGUGAAGCUAACGGUAACCCAGACCUCUACGUGCCAACAACCUCAUCAUCCCAGCUGCCUGAGACCAUCGACGGGACGGGGGUUCUGACCCAAGCUACUGCCGUGUCCGCCGGGGUUUCAGACGCAUCCCCAGAGAACUACAACUCACACAACCACCUGCAGCAAAUACAGGUGUCCACCUCUAAUGCCUCGUCCUUCUCCCAGCCCAUCCUACAGCUGUCGGGGGACAACCAGGGGGCCCAGGGACAGGAUCUAUCCCAGUCUGGGCAGACACUCCAGAGUGUCCAGCUCGUCAACCCUGGAACCUUCCUCAUCCAGGCCCAGACAGUCACUGCUUCGGGACAGAUACAGUGGCAGACCUUCCAGGUCCAAGGGGUCCAGUCUCUGCAGGGCCUCCAGCUCCCCCAGGCCCAGGGGGGCCAGCAGCUGACUCUGGCCCCAGUCCAGGGCCUCUCUAUGGGUCAGGGAGGAUCCAUCACCCUGCCUAACCUCCAGACUGUUACAGUCAACUCUAUAGGACAGCCAGGGAUUCAAUACACACAGGGAGAGGAGGCCGGCAGUCCUGCAGGCAUCCAGAUAAAGGAGGAGCCAGACUCUGAAGAGUGGCAGCUGAGUGGUGACUCCACCCUCAACCCCAGUGACAUCAACAACCUGCGUGUCCAGAUGGAUGACGAAGACAUGGACAUGUCCACCGGGGAGGGCAAGAGGUUGAGGAGAGUCGCCUGCACCUGUCCCAACUGUAAAGAGGCUGGAGGGAGAGGGUCGAGUCUUGGUAAGAAGAAGCAGCAUAUCUGUCACAUCGUGGGCUGUGGGAAGGUGUACGGUAAGACUUCUCACCUCAGGGCUCACCUCAGAUGGCACAGCGGAGAACGGCCCUUCGUCUGCAACUGGAUGUUCUGUGGCAAGCGGUUUACCAGGAGUGACGAGCUACAGAGACACAGACGGACACACACGGGAGAGAAGAAGUUUGUGUGCGCACAGUGUUCAAAGAGGUUCAUGCGUAGCGACCAUCUGGCCAAACAUAUAAAGACUCACCAGAAUAAAAAAGGUGUGGCUUCCUCCUCAUUGUCUCCGCCCCCCAGCGACACCAUCAUCACCGCAGACGGAACCACCCUCAUCCUUCAAUCAGCUGCUGGCGGCCACGACCUCCUAGGCAAUCAGGAGAUCCCUCUGCAGCUGGUCACCGUGGCGCCCGGUGAGGUCAUGGAAUGAGGACGUGGCUUAUAGACUGGCCAAUAAACAGGGACCGUGUGGGCUUUUUUCUCCCCCCCUUUGUUUUUUGUUUUUUAUUGUUUUUUUUAUAUAUGAAUAUAUAUACGUAAAUAUAUAUGACAAAUAUAUAUAUAUUUUAAGUAAGAGUUAUCAUGACUUUAUGUUUGUUAUUUUCAGUCUUUUUAUAGGCAGGCAAACAAAUUACAUUCAAUGUUGUCACUAUGUACACACACAGACACACACACUCUCGCAAACAUGAAUACUCACUACGAAAUGCCUUAUUUUGUAUCAUACUGUUGUAUAAAAUGCUGGAGAUGCAUGUGUUUUUUAAGCUUUUGCAGAUCAUGUAAUUGUGUUAGGAUGCAGGGAAUAGGAAAAGUGUAGUAGCCCUCUCUCUAGAGCGAUUGAUUGAAUAAUUGAUUAUAUUGAAUCAUCGGUCGCUUUCUCUAGAGAGUGUGGGUGUCUGUGUAUUGAGAGAGACUACAGGUGGCUUCAUUAACUCUACACCUGAAGCGACAAGCAUAACACCCUUUUAAGACCUUGUGAACACUGUCAUAGCCAUGAUAUAACACUUUUUUUUUUUUUUUUUUACAUUUUUAUUAUAGAACACUAUGACAGCGUUUAUAACAACCAAUAUCUGCAUAAUGUCAGACCUUUAUAAUGUAGUGGUAGAGUUGGGCUUGCACACUGAUUCUCCAACACAUACCUUUGAUUUGUUAACAAUGUUCUGAUCAAUUAAUGUUUGGAUUGAUUGAAACUUUGCUAACCAAUAAAGGUAUGUCUGUGUGGACACUUUUAUUUCCAUGUAGAUUUUUUUCCCAGCCCUGUACCCCAUGAAAGUGAUGUGACCUCAUGCUAUUAAAGCUUGUGUCAUGUGACAUGCCCUGUGGUUUCAGGUGAAGCGUUAUUAGCGGUUGGAUUGAUUUGGUGAUAAAAGUUGGCCAUACAUGCUGCUCUAGGGUCAGUUUAGGAUUUAUCCCCCCUUAAUGUUUGAGCAGAAUGUUUGGGUCAUCACUCUAGCCAACAUGAGCACACUUGCAGUGCUUACUCAAGUCAAAUGUGUCUUCAGUUAACUAUUUUUUUUCUUCUUUUUUUUACUUUUUGUUGUAUAGUUACAUUUUAUAUUCUGUUUCUAUGACUAGCUUAGUUUGGGACUUGUCAGAUUAAUUAAAUUAAAAUGAGUUAAAGGACACAGGUCUGAAAAUCGACUUGAUUUCUCAAUUGCCCACCCAAAAUGGUGAAAACAUUUUGAACUUGCCAUUUUUGCAUUUCUGGAACAGUUGAGGUUCACUGACCAGUACAUUGAACAUUUCAAAUGGUACAUCAAAUAUGGCCGCCGGAGCACCGACUGCAAGACAUUUAGUGCAGUCCAAUUUUCUACCCUUCUCCUGAAGUGUGUACUCGUUCACUCACCUGCAUGGAUUUAAAUGGAGUGGAUUAUGGUGGAAACUUCCUCCAGAUAUUUUUCUACCAAUCCAAUGCACACAUUUGGGUGAGGGGUAGAAUCUGAAUCGCAAUAUUCUGUUCUACUCAUUCUAAUUCUAUUAUGUUUCCACUGCUCUCAGGCUAGUUGCUUCUCAUUGUAAAGGAAACAAUCAUGCCAUUAUUAUUUCUAAAUGUUAUUGUAAUCUUUCCUGUCAGUAUGUGCAUGUCUUAGCGUCCACUUACCUGUAUAUUAUCUUCUAUUCACAUUGUUAAUAGAAGCCAUUUUCUUUAGAUAAAUAAUUUUGUUGUAUCAAAAGCUUAUUUUAAUUGUUUUUUUUUAAAGAAAGUGUAAAAUUUGAAUGUUACUUUUUGUAAAACCUUUUUUCAAAUGGAUCAUAAUUAAAGUCUGAUUCCUUCCAAUGACA